CACGCCUCGAUCGAACAGGUGUCCAGAUCCACUACCACUUCCCUUGUCCCACUGCAACAACAAUUUUUCCUCUUUGUUCGGCGCGCUCGACCUCUCCGAUCCAUGGGCAGCACCAAAUUAGCAGCAGCAAGGUCACCAUGCGUCCGACUGGUGGAGGAAUCCCUGCUCCUGCCGACGCAGGACGUGAGCCUCUUCGCGACCACCUUCCUGCUCAUCUUCGCGCACACCUUCGUCUUCAUCGCCGUCGCCGUCCACCUGGCCCACCCGCUGGUCGCGGCCACGCUCGCCGACAUCCAAGCUCUCAACAGCAAGACCACCACCACCCACGACCACGCGAGCUACAGCUACUUCUCAGAGGUCGUGGAGGCCACUCGGGAGCACGCCAAGAAGCUGCUCGUCAUCUACCUCGCGUACCUCGCGAGUAAGCUCGCCACCCAGCUCGCCGCUGCCCUCGCCGCCGCCGCCACCUACUCCGGCGAGCGCCUCACCCGCAAGGCGGUCAGGGAGAGGAUCGGGGGCCUUGUCGCCACCGCGGCCUUCGUCGGGGCGCUCGAGUCGUCGCUGACGGCUCUCCUGGUGCUGCUCCUCGUCUCCACGUUGACCAACGACACCGUGCCCUUGUACGGCCGCUACCUGCUGCUCCUCCUCGCCCUUCUGGUGUUCAUGUACGUCGGCGCGGUCACGACGGUGAGCCUGGCCGCGUCGGCGGUGGACAGAGGCUGCCACACCCUGUGGGCACUCCGGCGGGGGUGGCGGCUCGUGACAGCAGCGAGGGGGAAGGAGGCUGCCGUGCUCGUGUUCGUCGUCAGCCUCCUGCCCGCCGUGGUGUACCCGGUGCCCGUGUAUUCCUUCUCCUUCGUCUACCCGCCGGAGAGGUUUGGAAUUGGCUCCUACUACGACUACGAGGCACGCAGCCAUGACUUGUGGCUGCUGGGUGUAGUGUCUGGCUCUGGUCUCCCGUCCAUUGGUGCGCAGCUCUUCUCCAUGGUUACCGCCACGGUGUUCUGCUCCCUGUCAUUGUCAAUGGAGACCAAGAGCCAGCAGGGAGGACGGCCCACCUCUGUUUGAGCAAUAUAAAUAAAAUAUAAUCUCUCCCCGAUUUGUAGUUUGUAUUAUUGUCGAUCAUGCGGGCUGAUCCAAAUGGAAACUCUCCUACACAUAUCUCUUGCUUAAAAUUAAAAAGAGGGAUAGAUGUUUCCUUUGUGAUUU